CAUUCAUUACUCUGCCCCUCAGUGAAGCACACAAGCCGAGAGGUUGCAUUAAUAUUUUUAUAAAUACAUAAAACAAAAACGAAUAAAAAAUGACCGAAGAAGUGAACCCGAAAGCAUUCCCAUUGGCCGAUGCCCAGUUGACCGCCAAGAUCAUGAAUUUGCUGCAGCAGGCACUUAACUACAAUCAACUGCGCAAGGGAGCCAACGAGGCCACCAAGACACUCAAUCGUGGUUUAGCCGACAUUGUUGUACUUGCCGGCGAUACGGAGCCCAUUGAGAUUCUGAUGCAUUUGCCACUGCUAUGCGAGGACAAGAACGUGCCGUAUGUGUUUGUGCGUUCCAAGCAGGCAUUGGGACGUGCCUGUGGUGUGUCUAGGCCCAUUGUUGCGUGCUCUGUGACCACCAACGAGGGCAGUCAGCUCAAAUCGCAGAUUACAUCCAUACAGCAGGAAAUUGAAAGGCUGUUAGUUUAAGUUAAGAGGGGACUCUGAAAAUGCGUACAAAUCUGUAAACUGUAUCAUUAAUAAAAAAGUGUAUUUUUACAAAUAUG